CGCCAUCAGCAGAGGCCUUCAUCCACUGUGAUCAGGCUGGCCGUGUUGGCUUGGUGUCCCGCUCGGUGCCGCUGCCGUUGAUGCAUUUUUUUCGUCGGUUGGCAACUUUUUGCGAUUUGCGGGCAACGGCCUUUCCGACGACAUUUCCACGCUGCAGCCAGCCCUCCCGUAGCCUGAUCACGCCCAAACCCGGGCAUGAGAUAGUUCCAAGUCGUGCGGUUUCUCUGACGUUGUUUUGGUCUCAUCAAAUGCCCGUUUCGUCGAGAUAUCCGCCCCCAUAUCCCCUCGAUAGGCGUGGCUGCUGUGACAGUGACCAUGACUAUGAUGACCGACCACGGCACCGCGUCUGAUUCUGCGCGAGUUGAUUCAACAAGGAACGACACCACCACCACGGCCACCACCACCACCCCCGCCAUUGUUAACGGCAACGGCAACGACAAGGACAACGACAGCACCAGUCAUCACGGCGAUGAUAACAAUAACAUCAAUACAGACAACAAGAGCAACACCAACCAUGUCCCCGCCAUCGAUACCUCUACCACCAACACCAACAACGAUGGCUUCCUCGACCGCGACCAGUCGCCCUUGUCGUCCAUCUCGUCCCCGCUGAGCGAACCCGAUAACUUUGAGUUUGAUACCGAACCGAUUCCAUCGAUCCCAUCACCAAAGUCUACGACAAGCGAUAAUGCCCGUGACGGAGAGACCCCCGAACUCGACCAAGAUGGACAACCACCCGCCAAGCGACGCCGAGUGCGCGAAACAACACCUCACAAUCACUCGCGCAAACCGAAACCAGAGUCACCACCAUGGAAGAAGUUCGAAGCCGAGGGUCCGACCACCAUCAUCACCGAAGACGGUCGUCGCAAGUCUGGUCGCGUCAAUCCCGUCUUGCUAGGCAUGAAACCCAGCGACAAAAAGGUUACGCGAAAAGCUAUACAAACAAGUCCUGUCAGCAAUAAAAGCAGCGCCAGUUUGUCCAGGAAGCCAGCGCCAGCAAGCAGCAGCAGCAAACAUGCCCCUUCAAAGAUGCCGCCCCCGCCGCCGAAAGCUCCCGCGCGCAAGUCCGCCACGACUCAUGAUACUAGACCCUCCGCGUCCCGACCCCGUCGACGAUCUACAUCUCCCCGACGUCCUGCUACACCACCGAAACCUGCCGCGAUCGGUACGCGUCGUUCAACGCGCCAGGCCCUAGCCCAUUCUCGAGCAUCCUACGAUGAUGGCCAACUCUCUCCCGGUGCCUCGCGCGCCACUCCCCGUAUCAAGCUCAAAGUUCGACCGCCAUUGACCGUAAUACCCCUCGUUCAUCCAAACCAAGCCAAUGUCCGCCCGAAGCUUGGUCCUACCUUUGAGGAAUACUUUGCGCGCGCCCAAGAAAUACCAGUGGAGGAGGGUGGCCAACAGAUCGCCGAUGAAGGGCCCGAAUACACAGACGAGAUGGCCCUCCAAGACGCCAAGGUCAUUCUACGGGUCGAAAAAGAGGUUGAGCCAGGGGGCUUACUCGCCCCCGACAGGUGUUCGGCGUUUGUGCCUGAGGCCGAGGAAGAGCCGCCACGACAGUGGGCUCAUCUCGACCACCUUACAAAGGCCAUGACCAACUUCCGCAAGUUGAUGUAUAGAGAGCAGCAGUUGCAUAUGCAGUCAGCCAAGCGCAUCGCCAUCGCAUGUGAAGCCGAGUGGAGACGCCGUAACCCGCAGCCUAAAACCGCCGAAGAACUCGAGCUCGAGGAGAUCGAAGCGUCCAAGGCCAAAUGGCGCCAGGUCAUCAAGGCCUUUGCUGGGACAUGGGAAAAUGUUAGGGUCGAGGUCAACAGGCGCCGCUUGGUGGAAUGGGAAGCGGAGGAACAGCGCCGUGUCAAGGCUGCGCUGAACCAAGCUGUCAACCUGUCCGAACAAAAGCUACAGCAACGACAAGCGCAAGUUGACGGGGACGAGAUCACAGACGAGGAUGAGGAUGAGGACGACGAGGACCUGGAAAGUGGCAUGCCGUCAGUGAUGGGCGACGACGAGGAAAGUGACGAGCACUCCGACGAAGGAUCCGACGAGAUGUCCGGCGAAGAUGACGAGAACGAAGAUGAGGAUAACAUGUCCUCCUCCGAGGACGACGACGAUAAGAAAUCGGCCGCCUCCGACGAGGGCUUGACUCAAGAAGAAUUACGCGCUAAAUACGCCAACCUGCCUACCUUGGAUAAGACAGAUGAAAAUAAAGAUACAACAAAGGACGUGGAGAUGGCUGAUGCUUCGGCUGCUGUGGAUGGCAGCGGUGCGAAUGACGACGAUACAAGUGAUGAGUCAGUAGACAUGGACGACGACCUUGGAUCUAGCGAGGAGGAGUCAGAUGAAGACGACGAAGACGAGGAUGACGAGGAAGAGGAAGAGUCCGACGAUGAGCCUGCUGGCUUGCUAGGAUUAUUCUUUGGAAAGUCGGAGCUAAAGAAGUUGAAGGAGGAGGCUGAAAUUGAGGAGCCGUCGGCUGAAACGGCUGGGGACGUGGAAAUGGCCGAUGGUCCUGCUGUUGUUGAGCCUGAGCCCCAAGUUAAUGGCCAUGCGGAGGAGGCGCCGAAAACUAAUGGUUUCCAUACUAAUAAGCAGCGGUCGAUAUCUCAACCUGAGGGUGCAGAGGAGGAAGUAUCGUUGCUGGAGGUACCCAACAGUACAGCAGCACAAAGUUCUCAGAACACAACAGACCCGGGGAGUGGACUGGCAAAGAAGAAUCCCCUCGUCAGUGGCGGUCCAUUGGAGCAUCAUAAUGAGACUGUGCAGCCCGAGGACCAGGCACUCCGAGCGAAAGAGUCGGUUGAAGCUGGGGGCGACCUGCCGAUGGUUGAUGCUCCACCAACAGACGACCUGCAAAGGGAUACAGCCGCGGCGCCGUCAAUAGAGGCACCCCCUAACCCCCGACAUGAUAGUCAGGAAACGGUGGCGGCUACUGACAUGCAAAGCCAGUCACAAACGCAGUCACCAAAAACAACUGAUACCAAACCGACCGAUGUCGAUACUCCCCACUCAGAGCUGGCCGUCAGUGUGCAAAAGCCCGACAGCAGACAAUCCUCACCUCAGCCAACAACCCCAACAGUCAAGACCGAAAUUCCGUUUCUCCUACGUGGAACACUGCGUGAGUAUCAGCAUCAUGGUCUGGACUGGCUUGCCGGGCUUUAUGCCAAUAACACCAAUGGUAUCCUGGCCGACGAGAUGGGUCUAGGAAAGACCAUCCAGACCAUUGCUCUGCUGGCGCAUCUCGCCUGUCAUCAUGAAGUUUGGGGUCCCCAUCUGGUCAUUGUUCCUACGAGUGUCAUGCUCAACUGGGAAAUGGAGUUCAAGAAGUGGUGUCCGGGAUUCAAGAUUCUCACCUACUACGGCAACCAGGAAGAACGCAAGAGAAAGCGCCAGGGAUGGAACAACGACGAUGUCUGGAACGUCUGCAUCACCUCAUAUCAAAUGGUCCUUCAGGACCAACAGGUGUUCAGGCGCCGACGCUGGCAUUACAUGAUUCUCGACGAGGCCCACAACAUCAAAAACUUCAAGUCGCAGCGCUGGCAAACAUUGCUCGGCUUCAACACGCAGGCUCGGUUGCUACUAACAGGUACACCGCUGCAAAACAAUCUUACCGAGCUGUGGUCGCUCCUCUACUUCUUGGCGCCACCAGAGAACGGUGAAGGUGGGUUCGUUGACCUCACCGAAUUCCAUAACUGGUUCGCUAGGCCCGAAUCUCAGAUCUUGGAAAGCGGUCGUGAACAGCUGGAUGAUGAGGCACGUGCCAUCAUUGCCAAGCUGCACAAGGUCCUUCGACCCUACCUUCUCCGUCGUCUCAAGGCGGAUGUCGAGAAACAGAUGCCGGCGAAGUAUGAACACGUCGAGUUCUGUCGCCUUUCCAAACGUCAGCGAGAGCUGUACGACGGGUUCCUCUCCCGCGCCGAUACCCGCGAGACACUGCAAUCUGGCAACUACAUGUCUAUCAUUAACUGUUUGAUGCAGCUCCGAAAGGUCUGCAACCACCCCGAUCUCUUCGUGGACCGGCCCAUCAUGACUUCGUUCCGCAUGUCGCGGUCAGUACCGGCCGACUACGAGUGGAAUGAGAAGUUCAUUCGGGACAAGCUGUUGGUUACGAAGCCCAUGACCACUGUCAACUUGAGCCUCCUCAACAUGAUCCCAACCGAAUACGAGGACCUGUCCAAGACGCACACCGACCGUAUCGCCCAGCUCAGCUCCCAUCGCAUUUUACUCGACCUGAGGGAGGCACAGAAGGUUCGGGCCAACAAUGCUUACACAGCGCUGGAUCCUGCUUCGGUCAAGUCCAACCUCGUGUAUCUUGAAAGUGCCGCCAGAUGGGGUCGGUUCGAAGAGCUUCAGCACUGCGUCUACAUCAACGCCCUCCGUCGCCAACAACGACCCAUUUACGGCAAGCGCCUGACCGAGUUCCUCACCCUCGACACUCACCUCCGGCCCUACAAACCCCGACCCAGAGUCCCAGCUAAGAUCAUGUCCUGGUUCGAAGAGGAUUCCUUCCUGCUACACAACGCCAUCCCCACGCUGCAACAACGCGCCGAAACCAUGGAAAUGACCAUCACCAAAUUCGCAUGUGUCACUCCCGCGGUCGUCACCGGUCCCGAAAUGAACCGAUUCCUCCUUGGCGAGCGCGGCAUCCAACUGUUCGAGGACCUCGACCUCAAGCUCUCCGCCCCCGUCAAAUACGCUCCCUACAUGCCACCCCAACCUCCACCGGACCCCUGGCACGAGGCCCGCAUGCGCCUGACCAUCCAAUUCCCCGACAAGCGUCUCCUCCAAUACGACUGCGGCAAGCUCCAAGCGCUCGACAAGCUUCUCCGCAAACUCCAAGCCGGCGGCCACCGCGCCCUGAUCUUCACGCAAAUGACCAAAGUCCUCGACAUCCUCGAACAAUUCCUCAACAUCCACGGACACAAGUACCUCCGUCUCGAUGGCGCCACCAAAGUCGAACAGCGCCAGAUCCUCACCGACAGAUUCAACCACGACCCGCGCAUCCUCUGCUUCAUCCUGUCCACCCGCUCCGGCGGCCUCGGCAUCAACCUCACGGGCGCCGACACGGUCAUCUUCUACGACCAGGACUGGAACCCAGCAAUGGACAAACAAUGCCAAGACCGCUGCCAUCGUAUUGGCCAGACAAGAGACGUGCAUAUCUAUAGGUUGGUGUCGGAACACACGAUUGAAGCCAACAUCCUGCGCAAAGCUAGUCAGAAACAGAUGUUGGAUGACGUGGUUAUUCAAGAAGGAGCGUUUACCACUGAUUACUUCAAUCGGUUGUCCGUCCGAGACGUGUUGGGCUCAAAUGGAGAGGUGAUCGCCAGCAAUGAAGACGACGUGGCCGCCAAUCUCGCCAUGGAUCGCGUGCUAGGCGGGCCAUCAACCGCGGCAGCAGCCGACGAUGGCACUGCCGAAGGCGGCGCAACCCAACCCCCCGUUCGGAACGUGGGCAGGGUGCUAGAAAUGGCAGAAGACCGGGAAGAUGUCGACGCCGCCAAAGCAGCGGAAAAAGAAAUCAUGCAGGACGAAGCGGACUUUGGUGAUGCGGGAAGUACACGGCCGGGAACGCCGGGUGAUGCGCUGGCGGAUCUUGAUGGCCAACUUGUUGGACUUGGAGGGGAAGAAGAUAAGCAGGCGGUGGAGGAGGAGGAACAGGUGGUGGAGUAUAACGCCUGGGGAGAGAGGAUCCAUACUAUUGAUGAGUAUAUGCUGGGGUUCAUGGCGAAGGCGCUGGAGGGUACGCCGUUGGAGUUGCCGAGGGAUCGCAAGAAGGGGAGGGAUAGGAAUAGGAAUCGGAAGGGGAAGGAUACGAGGAAGCGAUAGAGGUGGUUGAGGUGAUGGGGGGUGAGUAAGGAAGUGGUGUAUGAUAGAAGGAGGGGAAGGUGUUAUGGAUUGAGGCGAGGUGAAGAUGAAUAAAGUGCAUAGUUCUU